AGCGGUAGCUUUGGUGGAAGCGUCGGAUUCAUUUCUUCUGCCGCCAUCCUGCACCCCAUACAUACCAGUCGCAACUCCCGGAUCCCAGGACCUCAGCCUAGACAAUGUCCGUUCCCCCUACACCGACAACAGAGAGAAAGCCGGGCUUCACCCCGCUCGUCGCCGUCGUCGACUUCCACCAUGCGCGCGGCCCCGAGGUCGAGAGGUGGUUCGGCGUGCCCGAGGAUAGCGAUCCAGCCGCCGAGUAUGACUGGGGGCUGUUGCCUUUUAUGGCCUUGAGCGAUGGUGCUCAUGCCGCAACAGAAGACUUCUCUUACUUCACCCUCCUCCGGCCCGCCACCGCCUCCGACCCCGAAGCCACCUCCCUCUUUGGCAUCUCGUGCACCCGCCAGAUGGACGCCUCCCAGCUGCUCAACCGCCCCGCCGAAGUCACCCGCUCGACCGUGCAGAAAGCCGUCGUCAUCAUCGCCGACUCGCCCCAGUACUUUGGCAUGUUGCGCGAACGUUUGAGCGUCGUCACAAAGGCCUGGUUCGCCCAGCGCGAGUUCACCGACGUCGAGAUCCUCCGCCGCUUUCAGGAGAGCCUAGCGGAUGAGAAGGCGCGCGGCACUUUGCUGGGCGAGAAGGAGGAGGACAGGGAUUUAUAUCUCGGCAUGAGCCUGCGGGAACUGGUGCGCGAGUUCCGGUGGCAGACGCUGGUGCUGCUCAAGUGCUGUCUGCUCCAGCCGAAGAUGCUGUUCUUUGGGUCAAGGUGCGAGAGGCUGUGCAUGAUGCAGUUCUCGCUGAUCAGCCUGAUCCCGGGGCUGCUGAGGAACUUGCAAGACUCGGCCGGUCCGGAGCUGGAUAACUACGAAAAGAAGCUACAGAGGCCGACGAGCUUGCGGACUAGUGAUCGCAACUCGCUGCUGGCGUAUAUGGGCUUACCGCUUCAGAUCUUCGGCAAAGGCAGCUUGUUCGGGCCGUAUACUCCGCUUCAGCAGCUGGACGUCCUAGCGGACUUUGGCACAAAGUCCUACAUCGUCGGCAGCACCAACUCUCUGCUUCUCCAGCAGAAGGACCGUUACUCCGACAUCCUCAUCAACCUCGACGAAGACUCCAUCAACAUCACCUCCCCCAGCCUCAAAUCCGCCCUAGCCCUGUCCACCCCCGACCGCCGCUGGAUCGACUUCAUCACGCAGAACGUCAACGACACGUGGGACGACGCCAACCCCGGCAUGCCCAAGACCAUGGGCUACGUCGGCUCCGAGGAGUUCAUCCGGCUGCAAUUCGAGGAAUACCUGUUGUCGCUAAUCUCCUCGGUCAAAUACCACAACCACCUCGCCAUCCACUCCCAAAACCCACGGAUGCUGCUCCCGCACAUCGAAGGCGAUCCCUCGCUCGAUUUCAACGCCGACUUCAUCGAAGCCUGGAAGCGCACGGAAAACUACCGGAUCUGGGACGGCCACACGGACUCGCACCUGUUCGACAUUGUCGAGCCGAAGCACCCCUGCGCCGGCGGGCUGACGAUCGAUGAUGUGCAGAGACGCAUAGCGCAGCAGGUGCAGGAUCUGCAUCUGGAUGAGCGGUUUGCGGUUGGCAAGGAGGUGCUGGGUCGGAAUCUACAGGCGGGCAAAGAGAAGGCGAGCACGAUGUUCAACAAAUUUUACGCGGACAUGGAGGCGUUGAGAGAACAGAGACGGAAGGCGGCGGAGGAGGCGGAGAAGCAACGACAGGCUGAGGCGGCAGCUACUGGUGGGAACGGGCAGCAUGGUAGUGAAAAGGGUGGCAGUGGUGGGAGUGAGAACGGGAACGGAGGGAACGGACAAGGAGGACUGGCGCCAGCGGCCGCGGUGUCUACGGUAGGCAGCAAAGCCGGCGCUUUUGUGAGCAGCUGGACGGCCUGGGCAGGCGAAAAGCGCAAGGGAUGGGGCCGCUCGGCGCCGACGACACCGAUUACCGAGACUACGCCCAUCCCUCCCACCACCGGCACGGGUACUACGACCUCAGACACCUCUUCACCACAAGACAGGGAGAAGGAAAAGGAACAGGAAAAGAAAGGAUGGGGCUGGUCCAAAGCCAUCAGGAACCGCACCUCCGUCCUUCUCAGCGGCGGCGGGGGCUCCUCCGAGGAAAGAGAAACGUUCAUGCCCCAGUCCCCGCAACGAAACGGGGCAUAUGCCGCUCUUCCGCUGGCUACGGGCAGUCCGGAGUCUACGAGAACCACCAGAACGGGAAAUAGUAGCAAUACCGGUGGUGGGCAAUCAAGGGCGUUUAGGAGGAGGGCGUUGAGUGGAGAGAGUAUGUUGGAUGCGGCGGGAAGUGAGGAUGGGUUCUCGGGGAGUGAGUUUGGAACUCCUGAGAGAGUAAGGAGCAGGGAGACAGUGGCGAGUAUUGCGAGGAAGCCGGUGGGUAGUGGUGGCGGAUCGGGAUCGAGGCCGGGGACGGCGGGGACUGUGGGGAGUGUGAAUUUGAUGAGUGUGGCGUCGCCGGAGGUGGUGAGGGGGGCGGGUACGACGACCACAGCGGCGGCGACGGUGACAGAGGAUGAUGGAAAGGAUGAGAAGGUUGAGAAUGAGAAUAAGGAGGAGAAGGAGGAUACGGAGGAUAAGGGCAUGGAGGAGGUCUCACUUGACGACGCCCCAGCAACAGCUACCGAACAGGUCAAGAAAGAACCAGCGCCGGUAUUAGCGCCGAUAACGACGACAGAUGAGACACAAAGGGAGAGUUCCCGGUCCCGAUCACCAUCACCAUCACCGCUCCAGCCGCCGGCCGUUAUAGUGGCUGCUGAAGAGGCGGCGAAGGCGAGUGAGGUUUAGGAUAUAUAAUGUAGAGAACUACGAGCGAUAAGAAGUUGGAAUAUAACGAAGCGUUUUGGAUUGUUAAUGUUCAUAUCGUUGCGAAUCAAUGCAUUCUCUCAGGUCCCUAAAAGGCCUGUGAAGGCGACAAGUGUUGAACUGAACGGUGGGACGUCGGAGGCGAAGGUUUCAUCGACCGUGGGGAGCUGAAGGGUGUGUGAAGCCAAUCGGCCAUAACGAGGCUG